AUGGAUUCAAUCACUUUUCAGGACUUUGUCCUCAAAUUAUCCCUUCACACCUCAAUUAUCAAGCACAACGCCGCCUACCCGCGGCCGCGAAAAUCCCACCGGAAAACGGAGCACAAUUUCCCGGCGGCGGCCGAAAAAUUCUGGCAUGUUCUCCGCGCCGCCUAUUUCGUGCUCAGGAAAAACAUUUCUAAGCCGAAAUUGCUGGCAGAUCUCACCGCGGCGAUGAAGCGCGGCAAAAUCGCCGGAAAAUCCUCCAUCCACAACAUCAUGUUUCCCGGCGGGGUCGGAGACGAGGACGGAGGCUUAGACGGCGGAGACCGCCAGAUCCCGCCGGGCGAGUUCGAGUUCAGCUGCAGCAACACGCCGGAGCAGCAGGCGUUCCGCCUUCCGUUCCGGCUGAACAAGAGGAAGCGGUCGCCGUCGCCGCCGCGGGCGGCGGAGGAGCCGGACGAGGAGGAGCUGUUCGCGGCGGCGAUGGAGAUCGUCAGGCGGACGCCGGCGGUGAGACAGCUGAGGGUGACGGACUCUCCGUUUCCGGUGGUGGAGGUGGAGGAGAACGACGGCCGGGUGGACGAGGCGGCGGAGAGGUUCAUUAUGAGGUUCUACAGGGACUUGAAGCGGCAAAAUACAAUGGCAUGUUGA